AUGGACGUAGACUAUGAAGAUAUAGAUUGUGAAGAAUUGGUUAGUUGUAAUAAUGUCGGUGAUGAAGAAGGAAAAGAGGACAUGGAUAUUUACAAAAAGAUUAAUGACCUGACAGAUGAUGAGAUAAGAGGUUUCGAAUUUGUUUAUGAGGAAAAAGCAAUAGAUUUCUAUGAAAUAUAUGCAAAAUAUCACGGGAAUAUAAUUGUUCGUCAAUUAGUUUGUAACAGAGAGGGUAAAAGUGAUAAAAAGCAGGGACGGUGUAGAGAUCUGAGGCCAACGAUGCGAAUGAAAUGUCGUGCGAGGUUUCGAGUAGCUCUAAAUCUUGCGACUGAAAAGUGGAGAGUUUCUGUAUUUGAGCCCUCUCAUAACCAUGAGUUAACUCCAACACAUUAUGUUCAUCUGAUUCCUAAGUAUCGUCGAUUGAGUGAAUCAGAUAAAGCUCUUGUUGAUGGCCUGCAUACACAAGGUGUUAGAACAUGUCAUAUUUUAGGUUUUAUGAUGGCUCAAAAAGGUGGUCAUAAAGGUCUGGGAUUUUGUAAAAAGGACUUAUAUAACUACUUAAAUAAUGAAGCAAUGGCAAGAAUAGAAGGAGGGGAUGCUUUUGCUGUUUUGAGUUAUUUACAGGCUAAAGCUGAUAAUGAUCCAAUGUUCUUUUCGAAGUUUACCACAACAGAUGAAGGACGUUUAGAAAACUUAUUUUGGUCAGAUUCAGUUAGUCGGAAUGACUAUGAAUGUUUUGGUGAUGUGAUUGCUUUUGACGCAACUUAUAAGAAGAAUAGGUAUAACAAGCCUGUUGUUGUUUUUUCUGGAUUCAAGCAUCAUGGAGAAACUACAAUAUUUGGUUGUUCUUUGGUUUCUGAUGAAAAAGCUGAGACAUACAAAUGGGUUUUAAAUACCUUUUUGGAAGCAAUGUAUCAUAAACAUCCUAAAGGAGUGGUUACAGAUGGAGAUCUUGCAAUGAGAGAAGCUAUCCGAGAUGUAUUUCCAAACUCGUUGCAUCGUCUUUGUUCAUGGCAUUUACAUAGAAAUGCUGUUGAGAAUGUGAAAAAUCCAAAAUUCUUGGAAGAUUUUAAGUCAUUGAUUUAUGCUACUUAUACUGUAGACGAGUUUGAAAAUGAGUGGAAGAGGGUAGUUGAUGAUUGUGGUUUAUCAAACAACAAAUGGGUUAAGAAAACAUAUGAGAUGAAGAGAAUAUGGGCUAGUGCAUACAUGCGAGAUAAAUUUUUUUGUGGUAUAAGAACUACAUCAAUCUCUGAAGCCUUCAACUCUUUUAUCAAGAUGUAUGUUCAGAAUAAAAGCAGUCUUGUUGAUUUCAUGCACGGUUUCGAAAGAGCUGUAAAAGUGUUAAGUGUCAAAAUGUAG